AUGGGAAACUUUUUCAAGAAGUUGAUCAUCUGUGAAGUUGCCAGGGUCCAAAGCUGGGACAUAUCCAAAGAUGUAAGGCCGAUGUACGAAGCUGCCGAGAAACGCCUCAAUGACCACCUAACGGAAACCAUCGGCUUAGUGCCAAAAUUAAUGAUGCCGGGGAACUUUGCCCGGGAUUUGUUUUCGUCAGCAAAAGUUGAUUUCUUUCUUGCACUCGUGCCAGAAGAAGACAGAAAAAACAACCUGGCGGAAGUUUUGGGCAUCUUCAGAAAUCUUCGAACAGUGUAUCGGGCUCAUCACCCUGAAGCAGAAGACGUCAGCACCUUCAAACAACGUGCAGUGGAGAUGGGGCGUCUUCUGCUGACCAACUUUUCUUAUGCUGGGUGGCCCAAUUAUCUUCACAAGAUAAUUGAGCAUGUGCAGGAAAUCAUCGAGGAUCCCGAGGGGCCUGGCACAAUUGACAGCUUAAGCGGAGAAGGAAAUGAGGCAGCGAACAAGUUGUUCAGAGAUCUGCGUGGCCACUUCGCCAGGAAGCAUGAUGAAGCUCAGGCCCUCAGAGACAUCAUAUGGUUCCACUGGCUGUACACUAGCCCAAAGCUGAGGAGAAUCAGCCAUCUAGGUUCACUCUGCAUACUAUUUUCUUCUUCGGAAGGAAUGUCUUCAACAUUUUUUCCUGAUAGGAGCAUCAACACUGGGCUGUUGGAGGAGCUAGCCUAG